AUGCCAUCUACUUACACCCCCUCCAAUGCUAUCGACAUGUCCAAGGAAAAGGAAUGGGCAGCUUCCCUUGGAAUGCUCGACUGGGACUCGACCAAUAUCGUCUUCACCAAACGAUCCUUGAUCGAGUUUCUAAAAUAUACCGGUGUCACAGUCGACACCAACUUUAACAACAUCUCAAAGCUUCCUCGAUACGCGAAAUUCGGAAAGAUCUCAGAGGGCAGUGCGUCAAGUGAACAAGAAGCUGUUUCACAGCAGUCGAGCGUAACUGCCAAUGAACACGCAGCUAGCUCCACUCCCGCUUACAAGCCUUCCCGUCGCGUUCGAACUGCGCCUGGAGGCGACCACACCGACAUCUUCGCCUUGGAGGAGGACGACGCCCUUGCGCAAGCUCCUCCACGAGAGGAAUCUCAGUCACAAGCAGCAGUGCCUCCUGCUGUUCAACCCGCUCAGCCCCAAGAGAAACCCGAGGAGGACACUUCAGGCAUCCCGUUCAGCUCGAGCAUCAAGCCCAGCAGACGCGUGCGAGAACAGCCUGGUGGAAAGGAUUCCAUCUCCAGUCUCUGGGGCAAUGACGACGACCAGCCUCAAGAAUUCAAACCUACGCGUAGGGUCAGGGACGCGCCUGGAGGACGCGACAACAUCAGUGCAUUGUUCUAA